AAAGAAGUUUCAUCAACAUCUUGGGUUCUAGCUUUGCUUCCGGAAGGGAGAGGAGAGCGUAGCAGAGAGAAGAAGAUGGAGAUAGAGUUGGAGGCGAGAGUGAAAGCGUUGGGAUACAAAGUGAAAGCCAUGUCUCGUGAAUCCCCAUCGCAGAAGGCGUCUCACGUACUGGAUGCCGACCUGCGCACCCACUGGUCCACUGCUACCAACACCAAGGAGUGGAUCCUACUGGAGCUCAACGAGCCCUGCUUGCUUUCCCAUAUCAGGAUUUACAACAAGUCUGUCCUCGAAUGGGAAAUUUCUGUUGGCUUACGCUUCAAGCCAGAGACCUUUGUCAAAGUACGCCCUCGUUGUGAAGCUCCUCGGCGUGAUAUGAUGUACCCUAUGAACUACACUCCAUGCCGCUACGUCCGAAUUUCUUGUCUACGCGGAAACCCCAUUGCUAUUUUUUUCAUCCAGCUAAUUGGGGUUUCAGUGAUUGGUCUUGAACCUGAAUUUCAACCCGUUGUUAACCACUUGUUGCCACACAUUAUAACUCACAAACAAGAUGUACAUGAUAUGCAUCUUCAGUUGCUUAAAGACUUGACAAACCGGUUGACUGUCUUCAUUCCCCAACUUGAGGCUGACCUUAGCAGCUUUUCAGAUGCUGUUGAGCCUAACUUGCGUUUUCUUGCUAUGCUUGCUGGUCCCUUUUAUCCGAUACUUCACGUUGUGUACGAAAGGGCUACUACAAAGUCUUCAGGCAAUAUCUUGGACUCUGAAGUUUCCAAGAAUUGUCAGCAGUCUUCUGCCUUAACUGUGUCCUCUAAUUUUGAGCCGCGGAGAUCACGCAGUACAUCACCUUUCUUCUUAUCUACGUCCAGUUCUUUGGUCUUCCGUCAAGAUUUGAUUUUCAUGUUGUUGAGAAAGGCAUACAAAGAUUCUGAUCUAGGAACUGUUUGCAGAAUGGCUUCUAGAAUCCUGCAUAAGUUCAUAGAGCCUGUUGCAGUGCAAGAAGCAUCAGUAUCUCCCACUGAAGUCACUUCUGGGGAUGAAUCACCAAAAUCUGAAUUAGUUAGUUCUGUUACUUUAGUUGAUUACUCAAACAUGUUUGGUGAAGAAUUCCAGUUGCCUGAUGAUCAGUGGGACUCUAACUAUCUUAACACCUUGGAUUUGGGGGCAGUGGAAGAAGGAAUUCUGCAUGUUCUUUAUGCUUGUGCGUCACAGCCUAUUCUCUGUAGUAAAUUGGCGGGGAGAACUUCUGACUUCUGGUCUGCAUUACCUUUGGUACAAGCAUUGCUGCCAGCUCUUCGUCCUUCAGUAAUCUGUCCUGACAUUGUUGAUGAUUGUUUUUCUCAAUGGAAACAACCUGUUGUCCAACAAGCGUUAUCUCAGAUUGUAGCAAUGUCAUCAUCAUCAUUAUACCGGCCGCUUCUUCUUGCCUGUGCUGGUUAUUUAGCAUCAUUUUCUCCAUCACAUGCAAAGGCUGCUUGUAUUCUGGUUGACCUGUGUUGUAGUGUGCUUGCACCUUGGAUGACUCAGGUCAUUGCAAAGGUUGAUCUGGCUGUGGAGCUCUUGGAGGAUCUUCUGGGAACAAUUCAGGCUGCUCGCCAUUCCUUGCCGCGUGCACGUGCUGCCCUGAAAUAUAUUGUGCUGGCUCUAUCAGGUCAUAUGGAUGAUAUACUAGGAAAGUACAAGGAAGUUAAGCAUAGAAUACUAUUUCUUGUGGAGAUGCUAGAGCCCUUUCUUGAUCCCGCCAUUGCCUCAUUUAAGAGCACAAUUGCCUUUGGAGAUCUAUCUUCUGCUUAUCCUGAAAAGCAGGAAAACAAUUGUAUGAUUGCUCUUAAUGUGGUACGUACAGCAGUACAAAAGCCAGAGGUUUUACCUUCUCUGGAAUCUGAAUGGAGGCGUGGAUCAGUUGCUCCUAGUGUACUUUUGUCAGUAUUGGAACCUCACAUGCAGUUACCUCCUGAAAUUGACCUUCGAAUAUCUCCUAUUUCUAAGUCAUUAGAACUUGAAUCAACUUGUUUAUCUUCUGUCCCCCGUGGUGGGAUAGCUUCUUCAAAAUCAAACAGCCAGGAUGAAUUGGAUGGAAAGGUGGAUGUUGCAGAUACAGCUGCAAAGAUGGAUGUCUUUGAUGAUGCCAGUCUUCUUUUUGCUCCUGCAGAGCUGCGUAGCAUAGCACUGACAAAUAAUUCUAAUGAUUCCAAUGAGAGUAGCUCUGUCAGCUCAGAACCAAAGCUGGAAGUUGAGAAAUUCUUUUUGAAUCAGUUUAAUAUUGACUUAGAAUUAGAUGCUGGUUUCACUGCUGAAUAUUUCAACUUACAAGCAGAUUAUUUUCAACUUCUAAACUUUGAAGAUAGUAAGCUCAAGGCUUCGGAGUUUCGACAUCUGGCCCUGGAUUUACACUCGCAAAAUGAGAUUAUGGUUGAGGGUCAUGAUGCAGCUAUAGAUGCUUUACUCUUGGCUGCAGAAUGCUAUGUUAAUCCCUUUUUUAUGAUGUCUUUCAUUACCAGUUCAAAGUUCAGGAACCAGAUCAACAUUAGUGAGAUUAAAACUCGAAAAAUUCAUGAAAAUUUGGAGCUUAGGAGGGUAUCUGGAAAGUAUGAAAGUGACUUAGAAAAAAUAGCUCUUGUUGAAAAGAAAAGGGACAAGAUUGUUCUCCAAAUUCUGCUUGAGGCAGCUGAAUUAGACAGUAAAUACCAAGAGAAGGUGUCAGAUAGUGAACGUUGUUCAUAUUAUGCUGGAGAGUUUGAUGAAGUUGUUAAGUUGUCUCCGAGUGAUAUGCAAUCUACUGAUGCAAUCACCUUGGUUCGCCAAAAUCAAUCUUUGCUGUGCAACUUUCUAAUUCAAAGGUUGCGAAGAAAGCAACACUCAAUGCAUGAAAUUCUCAUACAAAGUCUAGUGUUUUUGUUGCACUCAGCAACUAAGCUGUACUGUGCUCCAGAGCAGGUGAUUGAUAUCAUAUUACAAUCUGCAGAGCACUUAAAUGGGAUGUUAUCAUCCCUUUAUCACCAGUUUAAAGAAGGUCUGCAGUUGAAGCCAGAUACAGUAUAUGGUAUACAAAGACGGUGGAUAUUGCUUCAGAGACUGGUAAUUGCCUCAAGCAAUGGUGAUGAAGGUGCUGAUUUUGCUAUCAGUAAGAACAAUGGUUUUCGUUAUCAAAAUCUGAUUCCACCUUCAGCCUGGAUUCAGAGAAUCUCUACAUUCUCCAGAAGUGCAUCCCCUCUGGUUCGUUUUCUUGGUUGGAUGGCAGUAUCUCGUAAUGCUAAACAGUAUAUAAAGGAUCACCUUUUCCUCGCCUCAGAUCUUCCACAGUUGACAAAUUUAUUAUCUGUAUUUGGGGAUGAGCUUGCUGCAGUGGAUAAUGUUAUCAACCAAAAACAUGAAGACAAACAUGCUUUUUCUUUUAGUAAAGUAUCUGAAGCUGAUGGUCAACAGCAUGAAAACCAAUGUUUUCAUGUUAUUUACCCUGAUCUCAGCAAAUUCUUUCCUAAUAUGAAAAAGCAAUUUGAAGCUUUUGGGGAAAUAAUUUUGGAGGCUGUUGGUUUGCAGUUGAGAUCCCUUUCUUCCAGUGUUAUCCCUGAUAUAUUGUGUUGGUUCUCUGAGUUGUGUUCAUGGCCAUUUUAUUCUAUGAACCAAUUGGCUAAUCGAAAUAAUUCUUAUAAUUUGAAAGGUUAUGCUGCGAAGAAUGCCAAAGCGAUCAUCCUUUAUGUGUUGGAAGCCAUCAUAACAGAGCACAUGGAAGCAAUGGUCCCUGAGAUACCUAGAGUAGUGCAAGUGCUGGUUUCCCUUUGCAGAACAUCAUACUGUGAAGUUUCAUUUCUUGAUUCUGUAAUGCGAUUAUUGGAGCCAAUCAUUUCAUAUUCAUUAUGUAAAGUUUCUGAUGAGGAAAGAUUAUUGCUUGAUGACUCAUGCCUUGAUUUUGAAUCAUUAUGCUUUGGUGAGCUUUUCACUAACAUUAGAUCUGAUAAGAAUCAAGAUGAUUUUACCAAGAAAGUAGAGAAUCAUAAUGGUUCUACUGAGAAAGUAUACAGCCGGGGACUUACAAUUUUUAUUUUGGCUUCUGUCUUCCGUUAUUUGUCAUUUCAACGUAGAAGGGAAAUGCUGCAGUCCUUAAUUUUAUGGGCUGACUUUACUGCAUAUGAGCCAACGACUAAUUUCUAUGACUACCUUUGUGCGUUUCAGAGUGUUAUGGGAAGUUGCAAACUUUUGUUAGUUCAGAAUUUACAAUUAUUUGGAGCUAUCCCACUUGAACUACCAACUGGAAGGCAAUGUGAUAGUAGUUUGGAACCACAUUCAUGGUUUCUAGGGGACGUCUGCCAAAAUUCAAGUCCAGACAAGUUUUUUCAGAAGCUAGAAGGUGAAGACAUAGCUGCUGUUAAAACAAAUCAAAAAGUACAUCAUUUAUCUGUUGAGGAAAUAGAAGAAUUUAGAAGUGACUUGGAGGCUCUUAUUGGGAAGCUUAUUCCAACAGUCGAACUCUGUUGGAAUUUUCAUCAUCAACUGGCAAAGAAGCUUACCGUUUCAUCAGCUGAGUGUUUUAUGUACUCUAGAUGUUUGUCAUCAGUUGCACAGAAAACUGAUGUGCAAGACAAUGACAUUGAAGCUUCUCAUACAUCCAAAUCAUUUGACCAGUUCCUUGUUCAUUGGAUGGUUGGUCUAGAAGGAAUUGCUGAAACAAUUCUGGCUCUCCAAGAAAAGAGUUGCUGGGAAGUUGCAUCCGUGAUGCUUGAUUGUUUACUUGGAGUACCCUAUUGUUUUUCCCUGGAUAAUGUGUUACGUUUUAUUUGUUCUGCAGUAAAAAAUAAUUUCUGUAGCGCACCAAAACUUGCUUGGCGUUUGCAGACUGAUAAAUGGUUGUUGGUUUUACUUGCAAGAGGAAUCCAUUCCCUUAAUGAAAGUGAGGCUUCUCUGGUUGACCUGUUUUGUACAUUGCUGGGUCAUCCUGAACCUGAGCAACGCUUUAUAGCACUUAAGCUUCUAGGAAAACUUGUUGGCCAAGAUUUGGAUAGUGGAACUGCCCUACAAGAUUUUGUGUUUUGCAGCAAAUUAUUUACACCUGCCAUGUCUAUACCUGUUCCUGAGUCGGUUAUAUCUCAUUUGGUAUCAAGUACAUGGGAUCGCGUGGUUUUGCUGGCAUCCUCUGAUAAAUCAUUGCUUUUGAGGACUCGUGCUAUGGCACUCCUUGUAGAUUACAUACCUUUUGCUCAUAGGCAUCUGUUACAAUCUCUUCUUGCGACAGCAGAUAAUCUUCAUGGUUUGGGAAAGCUGGCUCAACCAACUUGUGAGGGUCCAUUGCUUCGACUUUCAUUAGCACUUAUUGCUGGUGCUAGCCUGUAUUGUUCUUCUGAGGAUCUUUCUUUGAUUCCUCACAAUGUCUGGAGAAACAUUGAGAUACUAGCAUUGUCAAAAACUGAGAACCGGAUUGGGGAUGUUGAGAAAAGAGCUUGCCAAAUCUUGUGCAGAUUGAAAAAUGAAGGGGGUGAAGCUAAAGAGGUUCUGAAAGAAGUGCUAUCAGCAAGUUCUUCAAAACAAUUCUACCCAGAUUUUGGGGGUGCUCGGGAAGCAGUUCUCCAGGUUCUUGCCAAUUUAACUUCUGUAACGUCAUACUUUGAUAUCUUCUCAAACAAAGUUGACAAGGAGGUUAUGGAACUUGAGGAGGCUGAAAUGGAAUUGGAUAUUCUUUGGAAAGAAUAUACACCCAAAGAAUCAUUUACAGAUUCCAAGGAGCAGUGUCAGAUUCCUUCGCUAGACUCUACUGUGAAACAUGAAACACGCCUUCAGCAAAUCAAGGAGUGUAUUAAUACCCUUGAAAAAUCCAAACUCCGAGAAGACAUAGCAGCCCGGAGGCAAAAAAAACUUCUUAUGAGACAUGAUCGUCAAAAAUAUCUAGAAGAGGUUGCUGUUAGAGAAGCAGAACUUGUACAAGAACUUGAUAGGGAGAGGGCAGCUGAAACUGAAAGGGAGAUUGAGAGACAGCGAUUGCUUGAACUUGAGCGUGCAAAAACCAGGGAAUUGCGACACAAUCUUGAUAUGGAGAAGGAGAGGCAAGCACAGAGAGAACUUCAGCGUGAACUGGAGCAGGCUGAAUCAGGGCGACCAUCAAGGCGUGAAUUCUCUUCCUCUACUCAUAGCGGUCGGACCCGGGAAAGGUAUCGUGAAAGGGAAAAUGGGAGAUCUGGUAUGGAAGGGAGCACAAGAACAAGCAGUGGCAACUUGCAGCCUGAAACUUCAACCAGUUCUUCUAUGGUGGCCAUGCCAACUGUUGUUCUAGCUGGUUCCCGACCAUUUUCUGGUCAGUUGCCUACAAUUUUACAGUCACGUGAACGUCUAGAUGAGUGUGGUAGUAGCUAUGAAGAGAAUAUGGAUGGAAGCAAGGACUCAGGUGACACAGGUAGUGUUGGGGACCCGGACUUGGCAUCAGCAUUUGAUGGACAGCCUGGUGGAUUUGGGUCAGCUCAGAGACAUGGAUCCAGAGGAAGCAAGUCUAGGCAAGUAGUAGAGAGAAGAGAACGUGAUGGUAGACGUGAAGGGAAAUGGGAGAGGAAGGGAAACAUUCAUAACUAAAUGUACAAUCUAGGGUUUUUUUAAUACAUGUAAGCUUUGCAAUUGUAGUGGAGAGAUGUAGAAAACUUGUUCAAGAGAAACCGAAUUAUGAUACCGACUGCAUUUUCCCAAAAAAGGCUUGUUGGAGCUCCUAAGUUAGUUGUACAUGAUCACGGUGAAAAUGUCUUAAGAUAACUUUUGUGAAAUUUUUUUGCUCUUAUUUAUGUACUUUUUGCUAUAAAAUUAUGCUGUGUUUCUUAUU